AUGAAUGACUCACAGAACUCGACGUGCGAAGUUUUAAUGCAUCAUUACGCCAUUACUAGCGAAGUAGACCAUCUAUAUUUUACAUACAUCUCAAACAGUAUUUUAAAUGGUUUGCUGUCGCAUUCCGCCAUCACGCUUAACAUUGUAACCAUCUACGCGAUUCGAAAAACUUCAUCGUUGCCAAAGACUCUGAAAACAUUGCUUUUGAGUCUAGCCGUUUCUGAUAUUGGAGUUGGUUGUCUUGUUCAACCAUUUUACACUUCACUCUUGAUCAAGAACCUACUGAAAGAGAUCCCCAGCUGCAACACGUUCAAUAUGUUUGGAAUCAUACUGGGUUUGUUUUCUAUGGCUUCGUUCUUGGGUGUUGUUGCUGUAAGUGUAGACAGGUUCUUAGCUAUUCAUCUUCAUCUCAGAUACCAGGAACUUGUGACUCACAAGUGUGUUGUUGUAGUGGUAAUCUCAGUAUGGCUGCUAAGCGUGUUUUUCGCAUCUUUGAUCCUCUGGGUUCCAUCGCUAGUGCACUCGAUAUUUUUGAUCAUUUUUGGGUUGUUGUUCUUUCUCGUCACAACAACAGUCUACGUUAAAAUUUACUUGACGGUGAGAUACCACAAGAAAGAGAUUCAGUCCAUGCAGAUACAGCAGGUGGAACACAGCGGUAAUCACACCAAGAAGGAUGGCGGUGGAUUAAAAACGAGACGAAAGUCCAAGGAAACAGACGAGGCAAAUACAG